AUGGCUUAUGAGGUUCUUUCCUUAGGAGCAGACGUCCUGCCGGAAUACAAACUGCAGACGCCGCGCAUCAACAAGUUUACAAUAUUGCACUACAGUCCUUUCAAGGCCGUCUGGGACUGGCUGAUCCUGCUGCUGGUCAUAUACACUGCAAUAUUCACCCCCUAUUCGGCAGCCUUUCUCCUCAACGACAGGGAGGAGCAGAAACGGCGAGAAUGUGGCUACUCUUGCAGCCCUUUGAACGUGGUAGACUUGAUUGUGGAUAUUAUGUUCAUCAUAGAUAUUCUAAUAAACUUCAGAACUACAUACGUAAAUCAGAAUGAAGAAGUGGUAAGUGAUCCCGCCAAAAUAGCCAUCCACUACUUCAAAGGCUGGUUCCUGAUCGACAUGGUUGCAGCGAUUCCUUUCGACUUGCUAAUUUUUGGAUCUGGCUCUGAUGAGACAACAACACUGAUUGGCCUUCUGAAGACAGCUCGACUCCUCCGUCUUGUGCGAGUGGCUCGGAAGCUUGACCGCUACUCAGAAUACGGCGCUGCUGUUCUGAUGCUCUUAAUGUGCAUAUUUGCCCUGAUUGCUCACUGGCUGGCUUGCAUUUGGUAUGCGAUUGGGAACGUAGAAAGGCCCUACCUGACUGACAAAAUCGGAUGGUUGGACUCCUUAGGACAACAAAUUGGAAAACGUUACAAUGACAGUGACUCAAGUUCUGGGCCAUCCAUUAAAGACAAAUACGUCACCGCACUUUAUUUUACCUUCAGCAGUUUAACCAGUGUAGGAUUCGGGAAUGUGUCACCUAACACCAAUUCGGAAAAAAUCUUUUCAAUUUGUGUCAUGUUGAUUGGCUCACUAAUGUAUGCAAGCAUUUUCGGGAAUGUAUCUGCAAUUAUCCAAAGACUAUACUCGGGAACUGCCAGGUACCACAUGCAGAUGCUACGAGUAAAAGAGUUCAUUCGCUUUCACCAAAUUCCCAAUCCUCUGAGGCAACGGCUUGAAGAAUAUUUCCAACAUGCAUGGACUUACACCAACGGCAUUGACAUGAAUAUGGUCCUCAAGGGUUUUCCAGAAUGUUUACAAGCUGACAUUUGUCUACAUCUCAACCAGACUUUGCUACAAAACUGCAAAGCCUUUCGGGGAGCAAGCAAAGGUUGCCUUCGAGCUUUGGCAAUGAAGUUUAAGACCACCCAUGCACCUCCGGGAGACACUCUGGUGCACUGUGGGGAUGUCCUCACUGCACUUUAUUUCUUAUCCAGAGGCUCCAUUGAAAUCCUCAAAGAUGACAUUGUAGUAGCCAUUCUGGGGAAAAACGAUAUAUUUGGAGAAAUGGUUCAUCUUUACGCCAAACCUGGAAAGUCUAACGCAGAUGUAAGAGCUCUCACAUACUGUGAUUUGCAUAAGAUCCAGAGAGAAGACUUGUUAGAGGUUCUGGAUAUGUAUCCUGAGUUUUCUGAUCACUUUCUCACAAACCUAGAGUUGACCUUCAACCUAAGACAUGAGAGUGCAAAGACUGAUCUCUUACUACGAUCACAGUCCAUGAAUGACUCUGAAGGAGACAACUGUAAACUACGAAGAAGGAAUUUAUCAUUUGAUAGUGAAGGAGAGACAGAUUUUGGGAAAGGAAACAGUACAAAUGAUGCUGAAGAUUCUGGAGACACCAUAAGAAAUUAUCAAAGUUCCAAAAAACACACCGAAGAGAAAAAAAGCAGAUCUUCAUCUUUCAUCUCCUCCAUUGACGAUGAACAAAAGCCUCUCUUCUCAGGAAUAGUAGAUUCCCCGCCAGGCAUAGGGAAAGCAACGGGGCUCAAUUUUAAAGAAAUAGUGCCCACAUCAGGAAGAAUUCACAUAGAUAAAAGAAGUCAUUCUUGCAAAGAUAUCUCUGCCACGAGAAGCUGGGAGCAAGAAAAUGCCCAGACUCAGGCAGAUGAGUCUAGUCACUCAGCACCUCAGCAAACUGCCUGGGGGAUCUCUGAAACCGAAAGUGACCUCACUUAUGGGGAAGUGGAGCAAAGAUUGGAUUUGCUUCAAGAACAACUCAACAGACUUGAAUCCCAAAUGACUGCAGACAUCCAGACCAUCUUACAAUUGCUGCAGAAACAAACCACAGUGGUCCCCCCAGCUUACAGCAUGGUGACUGCAGGAGCGGAGUAUCAGAGACCCACCAUCCACCUGAUGAAAGCCAGUCAUCUGAGAGCAUCUAUCAAGACGGAUCGAAGUUUUAGUCCUUCCUCACAAUGCCCUGAAUUUCUGGACCUUGACAAAUCUAAACUCAAAUCCAAAGAAUCGCUCUCAAGUGGUGUGCAUCUGAACACAGCUUCAGAAGACAACUUGCCUUCACGUUUAAAACAAGACAGUGAGCUCUCCCUAGAGCUUCCCUGGAGGCAAAGAAAAACCUACCUUCAUCCAAUUAGGCAUCCUUCUUUAACAGAGUCCUCCCCCAGCACUGCAGCAAUCUUGGGUCUUCAUAGGCAUGUUUCUGAUCCUGGUCUUCCGGGGAAAUAA